AUGCUUGGCAGAGAUUGUGCUCCUUGGACCUGCCUAGAGCGAGCCCGUUCGCUGCUCGCGGCGUGUUGUGCGUGUGGGUGGCUGUCUGCGCCUGGCCGCUGCAAAAUUGGUCUCCGCUUGUGCAAGAUUGCCAUUCGCCUCCACGGGCCCAGAGAACCGUCCUGCACUCGGCACGCGUGCCAUAACGGGUCCGUCGCAAGCCUCCACGUCCCAAGGCCGGGCCAUGCUACGACGCGUUGA